GGCGGUGGCAGCGGCGGCGGCUCUCACCAGACCGGGCCCCGCGCAGCGCGCACCCGAGGGGGGUCGGGCGGGGAAGCGGCGCCAGCCCGGACCCCCCCGCGGGAGCAGGCGGCGGGCGAGAAGGCGAGGCAGCGGCGGCAGCAGACAGGGAGCAGCGGCUGCCGGGAUACUAUCUGCAGCCUUUUCUCAAGUGUUUCACCGUGAAUUGUGUGUCAAACUGUACAAGGUAUCUUAGUUGAAGUUUCAGCAAUCGAAAAAUUAGAGACUACUGAGAAGAAGGUGCUUUUUCAGCUGGAGAUGUGAAUAAGACUCCCGGGCCAGAACUCAUAAAUCAUCUUCAGGAUCCCCACCCCCCCGGGACACCACAUUACGAGUGGUCACCAUGUCUCCUUAGGCUCCCCUGGCUGUGACAGUUUCUCACACUUUUCACUGUUUUGAUGAUCUUGUCAGUUUUGAGGAGAACCAAUCAGAAAAUGACUGCGGUGUUGGAAGAUCAUUACUAUUGGAAGGCCGGUUAGCUUCAGUUUCCUAACAGAUACUUGACCACCAUUUGUUCUGGCAUGGCGCAGAGCAGUCCACAGCUUGAUAUGCAGGUUCUCCAUGACCUCCGACAACGUUUCCCGGAGAUUCCAGAGGGUGUCGUGUCUCAAUGCAUGUUACAGAACAACAACAAUCUUGAAGCCUGUUGCCGAGCCCUCUCCCAGGAGAGUAGCAAAUACUUAUAUAUGGAAUACCAUAGUCCAGAUGACAACAGGAUGAAUCGAAAUCGCCUUUUGCAUAUUAAUCUGGGUAUCCAUUCUCCUAGUAGCUACCACCCAGGAGAUGGAGCCCAACUUAAUGGUGGUCGAACACUGGUACACAGCUCAAGUGACGGGCAUAUUGAUCCACAGCAUGCAGCAAGUAAACAGCUGAUCUGUUUAGUUCAGGAACCACACUCAGCUCCAGCUGUUGUGGCUGCUACUCCAAACUACAAUCCAUUUUUUAUGAAUGAACAGAACAGAAGUGCAGCUACUCCUCCUUCACAGCCACCUCAACAGCCAUCUUCCAUGCAAACAGGAAUGAAUCCGUCUGCUCUGCAAGGGCCUUCACCACCACCACCGCCACCUCCUUCAUACAUGCACAUACCUCGGUAUACUACAAAUCCGAUUACUGUUACAGUAUCCCAAAACCUCCCUUCUGGACAGACUGUACCAAGAGCUUUACAAAUUCUUCCACAGAUUCCAAGCAAUCUCUAUGGGCCUCCUGGUUCUAUUUAUAUUAGACAGACAUCUCAGAGUUCAUCAGGAAGACAAACUCCUCAGAGUACGCCAUGGCAGUCCUCCCCACAGGGCCCAGUGCCUCAUUAUAGCCAACGUCCUUUACCUGUUUAUCCACAUCAACAGAACUAUCAACCUUCUCAGUAUUCUCCCAAACAGCAGCAGAUUCCUCAACCUGCUUACCAUUCACCACCUCCUUCUCAGUGUCCUUCACCGUUCAGCUCUCCGCAGCAUCAAGUGCAACCUUCCCAGUUGGGCCAUCCAAGUUCCCACGUCUUUAUGCCACCAAGUCCUUCCACCACUCCACCCCAUCCCUAUCAACAAGGACCUCCUAGCUAUCAGAAACAGGGAAGCCAUUCGGUAGCCUAUCUCCCAUACACACCAUCCAGCUUACCCAAAGGAUCCAUGAAGAAGAUAGAAAUUACAGUUGAACCCUCUCAAAGACCUGGGACAGCAAUGAAUAGGAGUCCUUCACCUAUCAGUAAUCAGCCGUCUCCACGGAAUCAGCACUCACUGUACACAGCCACCACACCACCUUCAAGUUCUCCUUCAAGAGGAAUAUCCAGUCAACCAAAACCUCCAUUUAGUGUUAAUCCUGUGUAUAUUACGUAUACACAGCCAACUGGACCUUCAUGUGUUCCAACACCAUCUCCUCGAAUGAUACCAAACCCAACUACGGUUUUUAAAAUUACCGUAGGUCGAGCAACGACUGAAAACCUUUUAAAUUUAGUGGACCAAGAAGAACGUUCUGCAGCCCCAGAACCUAUUCAGCCCAUUUCAGUGAUACCUGGCUCUGGAGGAGAAAAGGGAAGCCACAAAUACCAGAGGAGUUCUAGUUCUGGAUCAGAUGACUAUGCCUAUACACAAGCCUUGCUGUUACAUCAGCGAGCAAGGAUGGAGAGGUUAGCAAAGCAGUUGAAACUUGAGAAAGAGGAGCUAGAGCGGUUGAAGGCCGAAGUUAACGGUAUGGAGCAUGACCUGAUGCAGAGACGGCUCCGAAGGGUCAGCUGCACCACUGCGAUCCCCACGCCUGAGGAAAUGACAAGAUUGAGAAGCAUGAACAGACAACUCCAGAUAAAUGUUGACUGUACACUCAAAGAAGUUGACCUCCUUCAAUCUAGAGGAAACUUUGAUCCGAAAGCCAUGAAUAAUUUCUAUGACAACAUAGAACCGGGCCCAGUUGUACCACCGAAGCCAUCUAAAAAAGACUCAGCAGACCCUUGCACAAUUGAGAGGAAAGCCCGAAGAAUUAGCGUGACCUCCAAAGUACAGGCAGACGUCCAUGACACCCAGGCAGCAGCUGCAGAUGAGCAUCUAACUGGCUCCAAGCAGGGUCCUCGGUCCCAGCCCCGAGAUGAAGACUACGAAGGGGCUCCGUGGAAUUGUGACAGCUGCACCUUCCUGAACCACCCUGCCCUGAACCGCUGUGAGCAAUGCGAGAUGCCACGGUACACUUGAACUCGGAUGGGUCUGCGUCAACUUGAGAGCGACACUCAAAGCACCCACUUGAAGACAAGGAAACCUGGGGAGUCUGUUCAUCCGCCCGGCCUUUCCGUGGCAGGUUCCAGGGGGGAGGAGGAAGGACCCUGCAGGAGCCUGUGCUCACUAAGGGAAGAAUGGGGAGUUCUCUAUGCUUUGGGGGGUUUUUUGGGGGUUUUUUUGUUUUUUUCCUUUCUUAACUCAUUGCAGAGUGAGAUAGAAAGGGAUACUUGAAACUGGGAAAGGAUCCACUCCUGAAAGAAUGUACACGGAGCAGUCACGCCCUCUUCUGUGGAAUCCCAAUUGUUAAAGUUACUGCUGAGUAGCCCUUAUUUUAUAAACUAGAACUUGCAAUCAUGGUGUGACCUGUUACAGUUCAUGUAGACCGACUGUGAAUUCCCAGAGCAGACCUACCUGGUCGCAGCUCUCCGGAAACCCGAGGUUCCCCAUGCUUCUUCCCGGUGUUUCCUGUUGAAGAGAAGACAGGCAAAAGCACCCAGAAUUUUUUUUUUUUUUGGGCAAACUAAUAAGGGUAUUUGUAAUUGCUGCUUUUUUCAGAGGUAAUUUCAAACACACACGAUCGUUUAAAAUGUGAUUUGUAGCAGUCGGGAAAGAGGCAUAUCAUGCCCUGUGUUCAAAAGUACAAUCAGAGGUGAGAAGGUCCCUUUUGCUUGUACAGUAAUACAUGGAGCUAAAUCAACACUGGUAACUAAGAUCUAAUUACGCCACAAUAGAUAUGAUUUUUAUGUUACUGCAUGCUUUUAUUAGGCCAUUGGCUUUAAAAAUAAGAAGUCCUUACCAAGUACGAUUUUAUGAAUGACCUUCUCAUAAAACUGCGCUUUGCCAAUAGCACAGUGAAUGUAUGCCAAAUGCAAAUCCAUUCCAGAAUCCAUUGGAAAUCUUGAGCUCAGCUGUGGUUCUGUAAGAAAUGUGUGCAGUCCAUAGGGCCUUUUUUUUUGUUCCUUCCAAUUUUGUGAUGAAUUUAUGAUGUUUACAGCACAGUGUUUUGUGCCACAAUCCUAACUUAGCUGAAAAAAAAAUAUUAGCUGUUCAAUACAGAUUUAUUUGCACAUGUUAAUAAACCAGUAUGAGGGAAAUCCCAGUUGGCCAAUGUCAUCAAGGUGUACACUGCGUUACUUGGGAGGAAGAGAAGGCUAGUCAAGAAGUAAGAUUAAGAGAAAGGUGAAUACAAUGGACUUUAAAACUAAGAACUGUUUAAAUUUAACAUGCUGUAUUCAGCGAUAAUAAUGAGUUUGUUCAGGUAGUUCAGGUGAUACUAAAGCACUCCUUAUUUGUGAAACAAAUUUUAGGGUAUGAAUAACUGAAGAGGCGUAGAAAUCAUGUGAGUCGCUAGGGCGCACCACUGGAAAACUGCUAAUCGGACAUUUCUUUGAGGUCUCUCUCUCACGGAAUUUCCUUCCUAGCUUAGAAUUGGGUUUGCAAUCUUCCCGUUAUUUGUGUGAAUAUAAACAGCACUAAGAUCAGCAGGCCUUUUAAUCCUGAAGGAUUUUCCCUGAGGUUAUAAUCUCAGGAAUAUCCAGUUGCGCAUGCCAUGUUCCCCCACCCCCCACCCCCCCCCGGCGCGGGCGAGCACACACACUCGCACACUCUUGAAGCUACACUGUAUUGUAAUAUAGCAGUGGUGUGUGGCAGACCUGGAGAAACAAACUGUACCUAAUAGUAUGAUGAAACCAAAGGCAUCAUAACCCAUCAUCAUUCUCCUUCAAAAUCGUAAUUUCACACCCUUAACCUACAGCUUUGAAAACCUUUUGUAUGUGGAAAAUACCCAAGAUAUCCACUCGUCUCACAAAGUACGCGUGGCUAUGUGAUUACACUGAUAAAACAUCUCUCUACUGCGGCAACUGUGAAAAUAACAGAAAGCAGAUGGGCUUAAAAGCAUUGACCUGAAAGCAGCCUUCUUUAAAAGCUUCUGUGACACGGGUGUCAGCCCAUCUCUGGCAACCAUCGGUCCGUCCUGCUCUUCUGCAGUAUGCCAGUGCCUUUGCCUUUGUAUGGUUUCCUGUCUCUUCAGUGAUGAUCAACCCCACUUGGUAUCAAAUAACAGUUUAGGUGGAAACUAUAUAUCCUGCUUGCUGUUCUAACUCAAGGUUGACCAGUAUUCUUAGACACGCUGAAGUGGCAGCAGUUAGGUUGGCACUGGUCAGUGUAGAAUGAAGGUGGCGUGUACGGAAGCAGGUCGAGGCUGUAUUAAGACCAUGUAGAUGACUUCACAGCUACUGCAUGAACAUACAUCCAGGUUAGUAAGCUGUCGCGUCAGGCAGUAGAUGCAUGGUUCCGGUCCUGUGGUGAUCCGUCUAGUAAAUCCUUGUUUUUGCCGGCCAGGACAAAGGGGCAGAAACCAGUCUCUUGAAUAGGUGUAGAGGGUGGGUUAGGAGGGAUCAGAGGUCACUUUUCAAGAAGUUUUGUACGUGCUCAUUUCUGGUUGUGCACAGGUUUCAUAGGCCAGAGCAGGCUGCAUUCAGUUUUUAAAAGAAGCAAAAUUGUUUUCCACGGACACAUUUGAUCUAUUUAACUGUGUCCCCUCUAUAUAGACUUCUUGUCUCUGACCACUUUGAAGGAGGACUCAGUCAACUUUCAAGGUGCUGUUUCGAAAGGCUGUCCUGGUCAGACGGAAGCGUGCUCCCCUCGGCCAGCGGGCAGAUGCUGGGCAGCACGUGUCGGCUCAGGCCCGUGGCUGCGUGUGUUGGCCGCUGCGCCGCCGGCUUCUAGUGAAACGUCUUUUUUCUUAAAACUGUGUCUUGUUUGAUGUAUCUGGUAACACAUAGACCUGACUAUACAUUUUACACUGUUUCAUGGUUUUGUAAACUGGGUUUUUAGAAAGCACACGUGUUUUGUUCCAAGUACAUUGCCCCUUCAUGUGUGGAGUAGUGUUUAAAGUGGUAAUAGAGGAGCCAGAAACUUCCUAAGCAUUGUAAACUGUGUGGAUCGAUAAUGACCUUGUGUGGGAGAGCAAAGAGGCAGGGGGUUGUAAAGAAACAAAAGAACUGCAUCGUAGAAAAGGUAGUUUUAGACGAGGUAAAGGAGGGUGGGGAAAGUGUUGCUAAUUUGUUUAUUUCCCUGAACGAACUGGGAAGUGUGGUGAGCAGUUUAAUUUUUAAGGAGCUGGUCUCAAUUUUAGUACUUUUUAAUUAUUAAAAGAAAUUAUUGUUUCCUUCAAUUUUGUCAUCGUUUUGUCCCAGUUAUCUAGGGUUUGUAGCAAGCAUCCUGUGGCCACUCAGUUUUCUAUAGUAUUUGAAAAGGUAACUGUAAUGUCUUUGACAGUAUAAACAAAAAAGCAAGAAUAUGAGGCAUAGAAAAAUUGUCCUUUGAAAACAUCAGUCAUGGACCCUGGAAUGUGAAGAUGUCCCUUCCUAGUUAAAGGGUAUAUUGGUAUAUCGGUCGAGCAAGAACAGUGACCGCUGAAAUGUUACUAUAAAAAAAAAAAAAAGUCAAUAAAUGGGGCACUGUCUGUUGCAGCACUACUGUAUCUUUUUGAAAGAAUUAACAGUAUUUAAAAGUUAAUUCUGAUGAUGUUUUCACAUUCACUAGACCUGCCUUUUUUUUCUUUAUUAUUUGCAUCCCCAGAUAUUUAAUACAAGUAGAAUUUUGCAUGGCUUGGGCAUUCAGAGAUUAAAAGGGUGAUGACUCAAUUUUAGUUUCUAAAGCCAUGAAAAGUUGCUUUGAGACUGAACAAUUCUGAAUUCUUAUUUAUAAUGAGACCCAAUGUCCAUGGUUCCCUACUGUAAAAGAAUUGAUCAGUGUCUUCAUUAAAACAGCAAGAACUUAUUAAAUCUUGUAAAUACCAUGUUUCUUUUUAGAUUUCCGUGUAUGCUGUGAAUCAUUAUUUUGAGGUGAAAUUGUACAAAGGCAUUUUAAAAGGCUAUGCAUGCAUCGUAUUUCCAAACAGUACAUAUUCGGAAAGUCAAAGAUUCCUGCAAAAUAAAUUAAUAAACUAAAAACAAACACUA